AUGUCGGACUCGGAGGAUCUCUUCAAUUUUGUACCCAUGAAUCAACCAGUCCAACAAACCACUGGACAGAAGACGCUGGGUCUCGCUCGCAAGAGAUCAAAAACAGAUCAGACAUUCUAUCAAUUUAUAAAGAAGCCUGUUUCUCGUGGAACGAAAAUAAUAAAAAUAGAAAUCUAUGAUACAGACAGUUUUCAAAAAUCCGAACAGCCGAUGUGUAAUUGUGAGGCUGAUGUGUGUGUUCAACAUGUUGUGAAAACUAUAUUAUACGAUGAUAUAUAUACCAAUAGAGAUAGAGAUAAAGAUAGAGAUAGAGAUAAAGAUAGAGAUAGAGAUAGAGAUAGAGAUAGAGAUAGAGAUAGAGAUAGAGAUAGAGAUAGAGAUAGAGAUAGAGAUAGAGAUAGAGAUAGAGAUAGAGAUAGAGAUAGAGAUAGAGAUAGAGAUAGAGAUAGAGAUAGAGAUAGAGAUAGAGAUAGAGAUAGAGAUAGAGAUAGAGAUAGAGAUAGAGAUAGAGAUAGAGAUAGAGAUAGAGAUAGAGAUAGAGAUAGAGAUAGAGAUAGAGAUAGAGAUAGAGAUAGAGAUAGAGACAGAGACAGAGACAGAGAUAGAGAUAGAGAUAGAGAUAGAGAUAGAGAUAGAGACAGAGACAGAGACUUUUUACUUGCAAUAAACUAG